AGGCAGGUUUCAGCUAUGUGGCUCUUUCUGCCUGUCCUGGUGGCUGUCCUUUUCCUCCUUUGCCGUUGGUACCUGGAAAGACAAAUGGUGGAGAACCUGACGGAAAAAUAUGUCUUCAUCACAGGCUGUGAUUCUGGCUUUGGGAACCAGCUGGCCAGGCAGCUGGAUGCUCAGGGUCUGCGGGUGUUGGCCUCUUGUCUCACUUCAGAAGCGGCAGAACAGCUGGAAAAGGUCACAUCGGACCGGCUAAAAACCACUCUGCUGGAUGUCAUCAGUACUGAGAAUGUUGCAGCAGCAACUGAGUGGGUGAAAACCUGCGUGGGGAAAAAAGGACUUUGGGGGUUAGUAAACAACGCAGCCAUUAAUUAUCCGGUUGCUCCCAAUGAGUGGCUGAAGAAGGAAGACUUUGCCAAGGUGCUGGAAGUCAACUUACUUGGGCUGAUUGAUGUGACGCUUCAUAUGCUACCCCUGGUGAGGAGAGCCAGAGGGAGAGUGAUCAACUUGUCUAGUGUGGUGGGAAGACUGGCAUACCCCGGAGGUGGGUAUUGCCUCUCCAAGUUUGCUGUGGAAGCCUUCUCAGACACUCUGAGGCGAGAGCUUUCUCCUUUCGGAAUCAGAGUCAGCAUCAUUGAGCCUGGGGGCUUUGCCACAAAUAUGCUCAAUAACGCAGAACAGCACUUAGAGGGUGUGUUCAGCCGAAUGCCUCCACACGUCAAAGAAUAUUAUGGACAGCCAUACCUGGAUGCUUAUCACAAACAUAUCUGCUAUAUCGUGAAGACUAGCAGCAAGAACUUCUGCUUGGUCACCAAUUGCAUAGAACAUGCUUUGACGUCUUGCUAUCCUCGUACCCGUUACUCUGCUGGCUGGGAUGCAAAAUUCUUCCUCCUGCCUGUCUCUUAUUUGCCAACUGUAAUAGCAGAUUACAUAUUGAGGAUUUUUCUUCCAAAGCCAGCACAAGCAGUCUAGAUUCCAUUACAGAAAAUAUA